AUGAAGAGCACAGAGGAUUGGAAGAGUGGAAAUUUGGUUGAAAUUCCCUCUCUUAAGAAUCUGAGCAAUCUUACUGAACUUGAUCUAUGUGAAUGCUAUAAAGUCAAAGAUUGUCCAGAGAUUCCGUGUAAUAUAAAGAUUCUAACUUUAGAUUACACUGGAAUAGAACAACUGCCCUCAUCAAUUAAGCAUCUGUCCCAACUUGUCACAUUGUCCUUGAACGAGUGUACAGAACUCGUGAGUCUUCCAAGCAGCAUUGGCAAUUUGAAACGUCUUGAACAACUCAAUCUAGUUGGAUGUUCAAGACUCGUGACUAUUCCAAGCAGCAUUGGCAAUUUGAAACGUCUUGAAGAGCUUCAUCUCGGUGGAUGUUCAAGACUUGUGACUAUUCCAAGCAGCAUAGGCGAGUUGAAAUGUCUUGAAAAAUUACUUCUCUUUAGAUGCUCAAAUUUAGCAAGUCUUCCAGAAAGCAUCAAACAACUUUCGAAGUUGAAACAGCUUGAUUUAAGCAUUUGCGAGAGUCUUAAAAUUUUACCAGAGCUUCCAUCAUGCUUAGAAUGCUUAGUUGCUGGUAAUUGCCCCUCUCUGGAAUCUGCAUCAAUUUCUUUCCAUUUCUCAGUACAUGAAGAUGAAAAUGAAGAAGCAGAUAAAAGUGAAGAUGAAAAUGAAGAAGCAAAAAAAAGUGAAGAAGCGGAUGAAAAUGAAGAAGCAUAUGAAAUUGAAUUUGAAGAUUGCAAAUUUCUUGAUUUUAGUAAUUGCGUCAAUUUGAAUAAGAAAGUAAUCGAGGAAGUUUUUGAAGCGCAUUUGUUGGGUCAGAAAGUUAGAUUAUGUAUGGCAGGAGGUGCAGUGCCAGAAAGGAUGAGAUAUAAGAGUAAAGGGUCCUCGCUUUCAUUCAAACUUGACCUUCAUCACUUAAUUGGCUUCUCUUUCUGCGUUGUUGCUGAUACCACAUUUUGUAAUUUUUUUAUUAAAAGAAUUGAAUGUAGAGUGGAUUUCAUGUAUGGAUCUGGAAAUAGGCAGGGACGUCGUACAUUCAUCUUCUUUGAAGGGCCUCAUUUUACUUCCCCACUGUGUUUGCGAAAAUUGUGGAGUGUGGGGUCCAUCCGAUAUAUAGUAGAAAUAAAAAGAGAAGCAGAAAUGAAGAGCAUCAGGAUGACAGGGAACACCAACCACUUCUUCAAACAUUGGAAGACAACUAAUUUCUAUUUUCACAACAACAGGUAUAACUAAUUUCUAGUUUGCUGUUACUUUUUAGCAUUCACAAUUGCUUUUCUCUUACAAAUACUUGCAGUUCAAGAUGAGCUUCCUAUUGUUGGAUUCAAUUUCUUGUUACAGGAGCAAAAUUGGACAUCAAAAUUCAAUAAUAAGCGUUGAAAAAAAAAAAAAAAACAUGAGGAAGACGACGAAGGCGAACCUGAGGAUAAGGAACACGAUGCCUUAUUGAAUCAGGAGGAGGAUGAGAACCAAAAUGACAUUUUGAAUCAUGAAAGAACAAAAAGGAAGAGGAAGAGGAAAAGCAAAAGGUAAAUCUAUUUCUUAUUUGCUGUUUUAGCAUUCUUAAUUUCAACAUUCUCCGUCACCACAUUUGCUUCUUAACUGCUCCAAUGUUAGACAUUACACAAUCUGCUGCUCCAUAUUCUGUUUAUAAAUACUAAAUUUUACAA